AUCCGUAAGGUCUUAAUCUGGGAAACGGGGGUAAAUACAUCUACAAGAACAAAUUAAGCUGGAAAGAAAGAAGAAAAUGGAGGAACUGAAGGAACUUGAAGAAAUACAGAGUAUGAUCAAUUUCAUGGAAUCUCAUCACUUUAUUUCUCACACUUCUUCCUCUUCCUCUUCCUCUUCUCAUUCUGAUUCUCACCGUUUCCUUGCCAAUUUCCUCCUCUUUCUGAUGGAACCCUGUGGUAAACUAAGCAUUCAAGACAAAUGCAAUUUAAUUUCCCAUCAUUUGUUUAAGAUUUCUCCGUCUUUUAUUGAGAAAGCAUUGGUGGUUCUGCCUGGGAAAGAAAUGGGUGUUUUUAAUGAAUCAUUAUCUGCUAAGGAGAAUACUGAUGAACUUGAAGGUGUUCCUGGAUUAGAAACAAAUUAUGGAAGUGAAGACAUGGCUUUAAUUGGACUGGAUGCCAUGCAGCGUGCGAAUUCCACUCUUGAAGACUUUUGCAGGUCUUACUUUAUGUUCCACAGGUUGGAUGUGAAAAGGCCUGAAUCCAUUUUUAAAUACUUGCCUAUGCUUUCUUUCACUGAAAGUUAUAUCUACCAGUUGGACACUUUGAAUGAGAAGAUGAUUGCUUUAACCACUAACAAAGUAACUGUUCAAGAAGGAAGAUCCAAUUAUGAAGCUUGUUCUACUAUUCCACAAAGAUUUGGAAAAAAUUUUAUAUCAGAUCCAUUUCAGCCACUUAAGAUUCUUCUUCAGUGUAAGGGAUUGUUGACAGAGAGGAUCAAAGAAGAACUAAAAUGUGGAGAGGAGUAUUGGGCUUUAGAAAGGAAGCUUUGUGGUGCAUCAGAACAAAUUGAGAUUUUAAAAGAAGAUGUCUUGAGGGCUAUUCAUCUCAAGUCUUUCGAUUAUCGAGUUUUGAAUCUUCUUUUGUAUCAGCUGCGAGGAGAAGAGGUCAAUGAUCUGCAUAUGGAAUUCUUGUCGGUCUCAGAGUUUCUAGUAGAGAUAUCAGAUGAUCUGUUUGACUAUGAGGAGGAUGUAUUGGAGAAUAACUUCAAUGUAUUACGCAUGUUUGUCAGAAUAUAUGGAGCUUUAACAGCGCCGUCAAUGCUAGCUAAAUGUAUUACCGAGGCUGAGGAGAAGUACGAGAAACUGUCAAGAGCAUUGAAUUCACAACUUUUUUCGUGUUACCAAAAACGAUGUGAAGAAGCCACCAGAGAAGGUGGAAAGAUAUCUGGAUAUCCUCUUGGAUCAUGGACUAUCCCACCUCUUAUUGUAGAUGAGGAACUAUAUAGAUCUAACAUCCAAGAUUCUUCUUGAUUGCUGAUGUGGAUCAACGGAUUGACGACCUCAUUGUGGCUUAUAGGGAGAUAAUAUUAAAAUCACGACUUCGAUUCACAAUUCAAUGAUUUUACAUCAAAAAACAAAUGAGUUAUCUGGAUUAUGGUAUGAUUUUAAUGAUGGUAGAAUCUUACGAUCCUAAUUGAAAUAAACAUUAUAUACA